AUGAAAGAGGAUUCGGAGCACCUGUGUUGUGGGAGAAUAGCGGGCAUCAACAUGACGUACCUUUGGAAAGCACGGUCGACGGGGCUCCUUGUAGCCCUGGCCCUGCUUGCGCUACCAAAGCAAUGCCGCUCUGCUUCAACAUUGGUUCCGCCCCCAGCUAUCUGCCCGGACAGCGGCUUCCCAAACCAGGCAAGUUUGAUCACCAGCUCUCUGAUUGCAGAUUACAUGUCACCCCUGGUUUGCUUCACCGCGGAUCGCAGUGACUUCGUCUGCUGCACCGCUGAGUGCGGACCCGUAACUGAUAACCAGGCCACUUGCUUGGACGAGCAAACCGGGGCAACUGCAACCUCAACUUCAAACCCGCCCCCGCCGCCUCCGAACCUGCCUGCAAACCCGCCCCCAAUUCCAACUCCAACCCCAUCCCUAACCACAACCCCAACCCCAACCCCAACUCCAACCGCAACCUCGACUCCGACACCAAACCCAAUCGCAUCUGUCCCCAACGGCGAGCUUGUUCCCAGCUUGGGGACGCCUGCGCCAGCCACUAUCAGCAGUGCCCCUGAGGGAUCCCCCGACGCCCUUGCCCCCACUUCCCCCCCGGCACAAGCACUCGCACCAACAGCCCAACUGGUUACCGCUACCGCUCCGUCGCCCAGUUCCUCGACAAGUACUGCAUCUUCACCUUCACCUGCUAGCGGACCUGGUAACCCGCCACCUAACCAGAGUGCAAACCCCCCUGCAUCAGUAAACCCCGGCCCCUCGACGACACGUCUUCUUGACAUGUUUCAAAAUCCUUCCGAUACGUUCAGAAACUUGCAACCAAGGGUGCAUUCUUCGUGUGUGGGCUUCUUGGGUAACUGCUCGAGCCUGAGUCUUGCACCCAUCGGUGGGACGCACAGGGUCCGCUUCACCUUCCCCAACUUCGCCGCACCACUCAUUUCCGCGCACAUAGCCGCCUUUGCCGUUUCCCCUCUCCUCAUCUCACCCGCAAAGCGCACCCCCCCAAGAAGAUCCAUCUUCAAGCCAUCACGUCACAGGCACCCCCCCACCACCCUUCCGGGGAUCCACCCCCCCGCUUGGAAACCCCACUGCGUCGCCCCCCCCCGGUACGACUCUGAGGGCCUUCACGACGGUUACCUCGGAAACCCCCCCACCGCCUCGCUCACAACCAGCCCCCCGAACAGCCAUCCACCUCCGCAGGGGGUUGCGCCCCCCCCGCCGAAGGUGUCCGCCCCGCCUCCGCCGGUCGUGAAAGCACCCCCCCCGCCACGAGUUCCAACCAACCGCACCUUCACCGUCCGCAACAACUGCGCCCAAACGGUCUGGGUCGCCCAGUUCAGCGUCCCGGGCUACACCCCGUUGACCACCACCUCGAACCUAACCCUAACCACCGGCCAAACCGCCGUCUUCACAACCGACAACACCUGGAUCGGUCGCAUCUGGGGGCGGACCAGAUGUGGGGGAUCCCCUUUCCGCUGCGCCACGGGCGACUGCAACGGCGCCACGUGUGCCAAGGGCGUGACGGGGCAACCUCCGGCCACGCUCGCGGAAUUCACGCUCGCGCAGCCUCGGGGUUUGGACUUCUAUGACGUCAGCGUGGUUGACGGGUUCAACCUGCAGAUACAGAUCAAGCCGAGCAAGUCCAGCUGCCCCACGAUCGGCUGCGUCGCCGACCUGGUUAACAACGGCGCCUGCCCGGCGGUCCUCCAGAAGAAGGACGCCUCCGGAAAAGUUGUCGGGUGCUACAGCGCGUGCUCCGCUCCAGCGAUGACGACCUCCCCCGACCGCCCCAAGUACUGCUGUACUGGGAACUACAGCCUCCCCGGGCCGUGCCAGGCGGUGCACCCCGACCAGUUUUCCUCCGUGCUCAAGACGGCUUGCCCCACGGCGUAUAGCUAUGCGUACGACGAGAACAAUAACAGCCUCUCCCAGUGCCCCGGGGGCUCCGGUGACUACGAUAUAUUCAUGUGCUGGGGGGCGUGAGGGCGAUAACAGCUUGUGAGGCUGUGGGUCCUAGAAACGCCAGGAUUACUUCGAGCCUGAUCGAAGUACUUGUGUCGAAGUAUAGCUAUUCUUCGUGAGUUGUUUUCAGAGAGUCAAAUAAAGGGUGCAAUCGCGGAGUAUAGCUCGAGAUGAGAAAGCAUCUCAUCGGGUUGGACGCUGAAUUAGAAGACCUUCAAAGCUUUCAAAAGACAGCAUAAGUAGCUAGGCGUUCUGGACACAUUGUUCGGUCUUGCCAAAAGCAGAUUGAAAGAUUUGCUUUAGAUCAUCGAGUUGAGGUAGAAGCAGGUCACCUUAUUCGUUCUUGCCAAAAAGAGAUUGGAAGAUUUGCUUUAGAUAAUCGAGUUGAGGUAUGAGCAGGUUAGACUGAAGGUUAGAGAUGUUGGGUAGGCUAAUGAUUGCUUAAAAAGCUAUUUUGCGUUUGUUACAAACCAUAGCCUUUAUGGAUCAUGCAGACCAGUGCACAGACAUAGCUAGACUUAUCGAUAGCGGUGAAGCUGACCUGGAGUAGGGAAAUUAAUCCAGAUAACUAGGGC